AUGAAAGGAAGCGAUGGGGCGGACUUCGACAUCUCCAGCUUCUUCAACCAGCUGACGGCGGCAACACCGGCGCCGGACCCGGGAUCCGUACCGGGGUCGGGGCCGGGGCCGCCUGGCUCCAGCCAGCUGAUGGACCGCACGUGUGUGGCAGCUGAGCUGAAUGAGGGGCUGUCGGCGGUGGACCAGCACACGCGGGGGUCCCGUCGGCCGGGGGUGGGGCGUCCCAAGAGGACGCCGCCCGAGUACGGUGACCCUCCCCCGGCGCCCCUCUCCGCCUACAACCUGUUCGCCAAGGAGCAGUACCCCCGGCUCAAGGCCCGAUGGCGGGGACUCAACGUGCGGAGGGCCGGUCCGAAGCUGUCCAGCCUGUGGGCGGGUCUGAGCCCGGCUGAGCGUGGCGUGUACCAGGAGCGCGCCUACCAGCAGAAGGAGCAGUACCGGCAGCAGCUCACCGACUACCGGCGGCGGGCACAAGCCGAGGAGGACGGCGACUCGACCGACCAGCCUGAGGUCCACUCCGACGACGACCGCAACGACCUCUACUGCCGACUCUGCGACGCCUACUUCAGCAGCUCCCACAACAAGGAGCAGCACCUGCACAGUCGGCAGCACGUGCGCGUGACGUCGGCCGACAGCGAGGAUGAGCGGCCAGACUCGCCGCUCGAGCCGCCGGCGGACGUGUCCGGCGCGCUCGAGAACGUGCUGCACCAAACCGUCCGUCGCGAGCAGGAGAUCCGCUGCCUGACGGAGGCCCGCGCACAGCUGGGCGAGCAGCAGCGCCAGCUCCGGCAGCUGGCUGACGAGCUGGAGGUGCGCCACGACAGGGCGGCCAUGGACCUGGAGUCGGAGACGUCACACAGUCGGCAGCUGACCGACCAGCUCGAGAACCUGCUGCUGGUGCCCACCCUGUUCGGCGUUAUGAGCCAGUGGAGCUGCGACGCCCAGCCCGGCGGGGUCAGCUGA